CCACCAUCCCUUAAACCGCGCCUCACCCCUUUCCACGAGAACCCACACCCCCUCCCCCGCCUCCUCCACCCCACGCCCCUUAAGGGUACAUGAGCCUCGUUGCACACGAAAGCCGGGCUCAUUCGCUCUCCUGCAAGCGGCGAGGAUCUGUCUGCUACCAUGAAGAAAAGCAUGUUCUCCUCGGUGGAGUGGCUGGCGGGCCUCAGCUGUGGAGAGAAGGAGCGGGGAGCGGUGCAGAUGACGGUGGCUGGGGAGCUGUCGCCAUCCGCUUCCUUCUUGUCAUCACCAUCACCGUCGUCGUCGUCGUCAUCGUCGUCAUACUAUUCCUUGUCAUCAUCAUCUUUGUCGUCGUCGUCAUCAUUCUUCAUCUCGUCGCAGUCAUCGUUGGACGAACAGCGGCGCGCAGGAUCGACCUCGCCUGACUUUCGUCCCAACUCGUGCCCCAGCAGCCCAGGUUCCCAGCACUCGAGCAGAAGCAGUAGCCCCGCGCCCUGCAGUAGCAGCAGUAGCCCCGCAGCAACAGCAGCAGCUACAAGCGUUGGCGUCACGGAUGAGGAGGAGGAGGAGGAGGCGGAGGAGGAGGAGGGAGACGCGCCGCGCCACGGACCGCGCCGCGCCGCCGGCUUCUGCCGCCGCGCGCGCACCGCGUUCAGCACCGCGCAGCUCGCGGAGCUCGAGAGCAGCUUCCGCCGCAGGAGAUAUCUCAGCGUGGCGGAGCGCGGGGAGCUGGGCCGCCAGCUCGGCAUGAGCGACCUGCAGGUGAAGACCUGGUUCCAGAACCGCCGCAUGAAGCAGAAGCGCGAGGAGUUGGGGGCGCGGGGUGGGGGCGCGUUCCCCCACGUCCCCGCCCCCCCGCUGUUCCCCCUCGCCCCGCCCCUCGCCUCGUGGUUGGCGCCGCUGGGGGCUCGGGCCCCGCCCCUCUCAGCACCCCCCGCGUUCGCGGCCCCGCCCUGCUGCCCGUACCUGCUCCUCUACUAGGAGCCCGGACUCGGACCAAAGUGCCGGGGUCAAAAGGGCAGCAACGGGAGCAGAACCCAAGAUCGGACAGCGCUGCUGCUCCUGCUGCUGCUGCUCCCGCUGCUGCUGCUGCUCCCGCUGCUGCCUGUCUGAGAUGGGAGUAGAUUGAUGUAGACCAGGGGUCGGCAACUAACAUAACAUGAAGAGCCAUUUAUAUUGAAUUCGGUAAAAAACGUUAUUUGAAAGGCCGCAAUGCACGUGAAUAACGAAGCAGUCCUUCGAUGUAGCUCAAAGGAGAUGGGAGGGAGAUGGGGGGGGGGGAAAUGUAAAU